ACCUGACGGUGUUUGACGUACUACGAAAAUAUAGAAAGAUCGAACCUCGCCGACCCGGCAAUAGUUUCGCAUUUUCCGACCAAAUUGUCCUAGAUAAUUUGUUGGAAAGGAUCGAGUUUAGGUUCUAAUAACUUGCAUUCACCGGCCACGGGAUGUUUUCGACGAUGAAAUCGCUCAUGACCACAGUGGUCCGAGCGGAGCAAGUUCUUGCUCGAUCCUACGCCGCCAAGGCAGCGGCUAAGACCGCAGCUGGAGCGCAGGGCAAAGUUGUUGCCGUCAUCGGUGCCGUCGUGGACGUGCAGUUCGACGAUAUGCUGCCUCCGAUCCUGAACGCGCUGGAGGUGCAGGGCCGCCAGUCCCGUCUGGUGCUGGAGAUUGCGCAACAUCUUGGCGAGAACACCGUCCGCACGAUUGCCAUGGACGGUACUGAGGGUCUGGUACGUGGCCAGCGCGUAGUCGAUACUGGUUCCCCCAUCCGUAUUCCGGUCGGCGCGGAAACCCUCGGUCGCAUCAUCAACGUAAUCGGCGAGCCGAUCGAUGAGCGCGGUCCAAUCGAAACCAACUUGUCGGCCCCGAUCCACGCCGAGGCGCCCGCGUUCGUAGACAUGAGCGUCGAACAGGAGAUCCUGGUCACCGGAAUCAAGGUCGUCGACCUGCUGGCCCCGUACGCGAAGGGUGGCAAGAUUGGUCUGUUCGGCGGUGCCGGUGUCGGCAAGACCGUCUUGAUCAUGGAGUUGAUCAACAACGUUGCCAAGGCGCACGGUGGUUACUCCGUGUUCGCCGGAGUCGGUGAGCGCACGCGUGAAGGCAACGAUCUGUACAACGAGAUGAUUGAGGGCGGCGUUAUCUCCCUGAAGGACAAGUCCUCCAAGGUAGCUCUGGUGUACGGCCAGAUGAACGAGCCCCCCGGCGCCCGUGCCCGUGUCGCCCUGACCGGUCUGACCGUGGCUGAGUACUUCCGUGACCAGGAGGGUCAGGAUGUGCUGCUUUUCAUCGACAACAUCUUCCGUUUCACCCAGGCUGGUUCGGAAGUGUCCGCUCUGCUAGGUCGUAUCCCGUCCGCUGUCGGUUACCAGCCGACCCUGGCCACGGACAUGGGUAGCAUGCAGGAGCGCAUCACCACGACGAAGAAGGGCUCCAUCACCUCGGUGCAGGCCAUCUACGUGCCGGCUGACGAUCUGACUGAUCCGGCUCCGGCCACCACCUUCGCUCACUUGGAUGCCACCACUGUGCUGUCGCGUGCCAUCGCUGAGCUGGGCAUCUACCCGGCCGUCGAUCCACUCGAUUCGACCUCGCGUAUCAUGGACCCGAACAUCAUCGGAGCCGAGCACUACAAUAUUGCCCGUGGCGUGCAGAAGAUCCUGCAGGACUACAAGUCGCUCCAGGACAUCAUCGCUAUCCUGGGUAUGGACGAGUUGUCCGAGGAGGACAAGCUGACCGUGGCUCGCGCCCGCAAGAUCCAGCGCUUCCUCUCGCAGCCCUUCCAGGUUGCCGAGGUGUUCACUGGCCACGCCGGCAAGCUUGUGCCGCUCGAAGAGACGAUCAAGGGCUUCACCAAGAUCCUGAACGGAGAUCUGGACCAUCUGCCAGAGGUCGCCUUCUACAUGGUCGGACCGAUCGAGGAGGUCGUCGAGAAGGCCGAGCGUCUCGCCAAGGAAGCUGCCUAAGACGAGCCAAUCGAUGCACAGAAACGUCAGGAAGAAGCGUCUAAUCAGAAUCAUCUUUCGAAGAAUGGGACCUGCUGAAGAAGAUCCUCCCGCGUUCGUUCCUCCCACAUCUUAGAGAAGAUUUUCUUCAAUCACGUCCAAUUCUACUCGGAUUCGGAUGAUCGUGUGGUCACAAGUCACGAAGUUAGUGUUAGAAUGUAAGCAAAGCAUGAAUCACUGGAAGGAGGAACGAGUUGUAUAUUUGUUAGUUUCAUUAAAAAUAAUGAACUCAAAUGUA